CCAUCCUGUACCUGUGCUACGCCAUCGGAGGCCAGCGGGGCUACGAGCCCAAGGCUUGCCCGCCGCGCGGGUCCCUGCGGCCGUCCCCGUCCUCGCGCAGGAGAGCGGCAGCGAGGCCUACUCGGGCCAGGACGCCUUCACCGAGGACGAGAGCUGCAUGUCGUCCUCGACACUGCAGACCCGCUCUCGCACCAGCGCGGGCCUGACUGCCGCUGUGCCACUUGCUGGUGGUGCCAGAUGGCACCCGGCUCGCCUGCUUCGUGCAGAACGAGGUGCGGCGCAAGAAGCAGGACCUGACCUUCGACGUCACGCGGUUCCUGCCCGUGGAGGUGCCCCGCUCUUCCGCAUGCGCGUGGCCGAGCUGGGCCCGGAGCCGAGCAAGAUCUUCGUGGAGACGCUGGGUGGCCGCGAGCAGCUCGCCGAGCUGAGCACGGAGGAGCUCUGGCGCGGCGCCCCGAACCCCUCGCUGGCGAUCUCGAGGCCCUGGGGCCUGCCGUACGGCCACGUGCAGAAGAGCGACGGCGGCGAGUACAUGGUGCUCCGCAGCCAGAACACCAUGCUGAUCUUCUCGGGGGACUACAAGACCCACAACAUCCAGGUCCAGGACACGAGUGGCCACACCAUCGCCACCACGAUGCAGACGUCGCCCGACGAGUACCAG